AUUUUUGGCUACUGGUGAUACAUUUUGGCACAAUUGCAUUCAGCUAUAGAGUAGGAGAAAAAUCUGUACGAAGAAUAGUAUACAAAACCUGUGAAGCAAUUUGGAAGAAUCGUUCACCAAUUUACAUGAGUCCACCCAACCAAGAACAAUGGCAGAAAAUUGAAGAAGGGUUUAGAACUAGAUGGAACUUUCCAAAUUGUGUUGGGUCUAUUGACGGUAAACAUGUCAUCAUAAAUAAGCCAUAUCAUAGUGGCACCUUAUACUUCAACUAUGAAAAAAUGUGUAGCUUGGUGCUCAUGGCAGUUGUUGACGCUGAAUGCAGGUUUAUUAUGGUUGAUGUCGGAGGAUAUACGGAAAAAAUAGCGAUGGGAGUAUUUUUGCCAAUUCUAACUUCGGUUGAAAGGCUUCGAGAAGAAAAAUUAAACUUUCCAAAUAAUAAGCAUUACCGGGUACCGAAGAACCUAUGCCUUAUGUAA